AAUGAACCCGUUAAAGAUUUCCAAAAUAGUUUUAUAAUUCAAAUCAGUUUGAUGAAGAAACUAAUAUCAAGGUCCUAUUGAUAUAAUUUCAAAUAAACUGAAUAAAUUACUACCUGAUUAUCCUGCAACCUACUUAAAACAAAUGUGUGGACUAUUUAUAUCCUUCUUAUAUAUAAUUGUACAGAAUUGUACGCCAGUUACUGCAAUUAAUUGUACUAUACUGAGUACAAUAUUUUGUUUUAAGUGAAGAUUGUCCGGUAGUGCAAUACCACCCACAACACGUUCUUUUGGAUUUUUUAAAGGAAUUUUAUUUUUUUUAUAAUGUCAGUUCGUUCUGUUUGUAAAAUUAUACAUUUCAGAAGUUCACAGAAAAUGUUGACAACAUCAAUGUAAUAUACAACUGGUUUAUAACAUCAAUGGUAGCUACCCAUGUUCGUUUGUAUGCAACACGUGUACACAGAACCGAUGAUAAAGCUCACGCAUGUUUGCGAAUGGAACUUUAUGGUUGCUUAGAGAAUGAAAUACUCUUACCACUUGGUAUGUCAAGCGGUAUCAUUAAGGAUUCCCAGUUGAUUGGACCCAAUGGACAGAAUGAAAAAUCAGCGAGAUUAUUUGUUGCUGGAGAGGGGAUGAUUCUAGAACGUAGCAAUAUGUAUUUGCAAAUUGAUUUAAUAAAAGCAAAAACAGUUACUGGCAUAUCUAUACAAGGCUCUUACAAAGAAUGGAAUAAACGGUUUGUGAAAAAAUAUGUAUUAAGUUAUUCAAACGACAGUGAAAACUUCAUACAGUUAGAACAGGUUAGUAUCUGGCAUAAAAUUCAAUUUAAUAUGUUAUAUAUAUAUUAUGAAACGUUACGUGUUACAUAUAUUCGUGCUGUGUAAAUUAUUUUUAGAAUUUUUUGGAGAAUGCCGAUUUGGGUGCUGUUUUUGUUUCUAUAUCGCAGCCCACAACAAUGAAAUAUAUUAAAAUAACAGCAAUAACUUGUGAAAACAAGUGUGGUAUGAAAGUUGAAGUUUAUGGUUAUGACCCAGUAUGUUUUGAAACAUUGACAGAUAUGAAUAUCUACAGCAGUAACGGUUCAUCUGUAACAAAUAUUGAUAUUGACAGUCCAUAUGCAUGGUGUGGAACAGAUUCUUCCGAUUAUGUUAACAUUGCAUUUAAUAAACAAGUAGUAAUUUCUGGAAUAAUUUUACAAGGAGAUUCGAAUGAAGAUAGCUGGGUGAAAGAAUACAAAGUACAAUAUGGUGUAUCCAUAUUCAAAUACAUUAGGAGUCUAAUUGGUACCACUGAACGGAUAUCUCCAUUAUCUGUAAACUGGUUAAAUCCCUAGAUCGUUACAAAUUUUCUACACAUUACUCCAACAUCAUGUAACAAUGGCAGAUGUUGUUUAAGAUUUCGAUUAAAAGGAUGUC